AUGCGCAGUUCAUCAUUUACAUAUUUCAAUGUUUUGGAUAUUGGUGCUCCUGAGGACCGCAGAGGAUAUCAGUUGUCGGAGCCGUUGAAAACAGGAGACUCGAAAGAAAACAUUGUUGUUAAAAUGGGACCAGGAAACCGUAUCAUGCUGUCUCCAGCCAGCAGCGAAGGUGAUGGACAGGAUGAAAUGACCAGACUACGUUAUACGUUGCAACAUGCUAAGCACAGCCCUAAAAAGGGUAUUUUGAUACGUCGCAGCGAAUCUAUCGAAAGGCGACGAAGAAGCAUUAGCAUAUCGUCGCCGGAACGUCCUCUACUUCCUAGUCCAGGUUCGCUUCCAGUGCCGACUGAAAUUGACGCAAAGAGCUCAUCUCUCAGAGAAGUUGAUCUAGUCCGUGGAGAACAGCGCUUGAGAGCAUGGCUUGUGAAUACUAUUUUGGAACCGCUAGAUAGGCGAAUAAAACAGACUAAUGCCAAGCUGGAUAAGAGUUAUCUGAUUGGGCGAAUCUCGGAGCUGGCUGCCGAUAAGUUUAUGAUGGAUUACAGCUGGAAUAGUGGCGGCAAAGAGCCGACUCAAGAGAAAGUCUCUGUUGGAAGAACUGUUCGUAGACCUUGGAAUGAUCAGCUUCCUACCGAUGCGAUGCUUGUCUUUUCUCUUUUUUCGGCUUAUAUGGACAGUCAGUUGACGUCAAAUCCGCUCGUCGGAUCAUGCAGAUUAGCCCAGCCAUUCUCCGCUUUAUAUACCCUUAGAACUCCACAGAGACCUACUGCUGUGCAUUUGGCUGCAGAAAGUUUUUACCUCCACAUGAGCAACAUCUCACCACCUCAUUUUGAUUUCGUUUUCAAUGAUGCGGAUGGUUCACCUUCACGUGCA